GCUGAAAAAAUAACAUUUUGUCUGGACAAUGACUAUACAGAAGAUUUGCAUACAAUUGUCCUGGAUGUUCUUUGUCCAGCUCUAUAUGCAUUGUUCAGUGAAAAUCUUAAAUCAGUUUUAGAAACAUCUUUUGGUUCUGUUAAUAACUCUGUAUGGCAAGUGAUAGAAGCUUCAUCUCAACAAGGUGUUCUUUCUUCAGCGCUCAAUGAACUGACGGCAAAGGUCAACAAUGAACUGGCACUCAACGAGGGUGUAAUGAAGUUCAAUGCAUUUAUUUUCGGCCUGUUAAAUGUUGGAGGCUUGGACGCUUGGUUGAGCUAUAUGAGAACUCGCGAAUCUGUAUGGCAAAAAUACUAUAACCGGAACGCGCUAUUUGUCCGCGCCAAUUUUGGGUGCACCUUACACAGGGAUCUCGUGGAUCGUUUGAUUGCUUCCGCCAGACCUUUGGCCAAGUACAGGCCCGCUUUCGAUCCAUUGUACGAAUGUCGAAAACUCCACGAAAGCUUAUCCAACAUAAACAACCGGACGUCGUGGUUACUGAAAAAAACCGCGCGGACGUUGGAAAACGAAACUUCCAGGCCUAGGUCGUACGUCGAUUCAGCCGCUAAAACAACGGUAGACGUCGCGGGUACGGCUAGCAAACGUUGGAGUGGCGUGCACAUGGGUUCUAAGCUGGCAACGGCCUUCGAACGGCUGGACAAUAUUGACGAGAGGAUCCAACCGGAAACGACCGAGCUUUGCCACAGUAGCAGUGACGGCAUCAAGGAGACGCCCGUGAAAGGACAGCGGUUCAGACGGCUUCAGAUGAAAUGGGAGCUGCUUAGCACCAAGGACCUGACGUUAGACACCCCUGAUUUUGAUGGACCUCGGGGCGAGUCGACGAGCGCUAGGAGAGCCGCUGUCAAGUCACGCAUACCACGGCCAGUUUUAUCGCCGGUCCAACAACCUGGUCCCGAUGCAUUCAGCAACAGUAAGCGUCCGAUGACGGCCACUUACAGAGCCGAUUCCCCGACAUCACCGUCUGGCAAUACCAACAAUAAAAUCGAACACACUUCUAACAGAAUUAGAAAACCGCCGCCAGCGUCCGCUUCGAAAGCUACACGACCCAGCAGCUUAUCGCAUAGGACGACGACGACGACGACCUGUAGGGGGGAGCCCGUUCGUUACGUGCGGACCCUUUCACACCGGCUGUCGGCCGACAACGGACAUUUGUCUUUCAACGAAGGAGAGAAGUUGCAGCUCGUCCUGGACGUGGACGACAAAUGGAUACUUUGUUGUCGCGGUGCGCGCAAAGGUCUUGUGCCCAGGUCAUCCGUACUGAUGGUUUCUAAGUGAGACUCGCCGGUGGUUGUCGUGUAUAGUGGCCGCCCGGCACAUUCCGCAAUGAUAUUAUUAUAAUAAUCGACUUUGAUUAUAAUUGCGCGUUUAAUUUAUCGUCUAUUAAUAUGUUUCUCUUUCGUUUUUAAUGGUCUCAUUUUCCUUGUAUUUUGUGUUUAUUUCCGUGUAUAGAGUACUACUACGAUAAUAUUAUGUAUAUUUUUUUUGUUUUUGUUUAAUAUGUUUUGCAAACUAUUACAUUAAUAUUGACCGACGGUUCGUGAUUAUGGGAUAGUGUUAUGAUGUUGUGUGCAUAUCAUAAUAAUAUAGGCGUCCAAGCGCAAUCGUCGAUUUGCUGCUUUGUUUGUUUUUCUUGAUUAUUUUUUUGUUUUGUUUUUUUAUUCUUAACAAUUUAUACCAGUCUUUUUUUUCUUUUUACGAAAUGAAAUUCGCACUUUACAAAAAAUAAAACUAUUAUCCGCAGUCGCACUUAUGUGGGGGGACGUGUCGUUAGGUGCUUUUUAUGAUAUGUUGUCGUGUUGUGUUGUUCUUGUGCACUGUGAAAAAUUAAUUUUUAUGUUCUUAUAAAUCAUGCAAAUAUUUGUUAUUCAAACACAUAGCCCUUCUUGUAAUUUUAACUAAAUUUCUUAUACAUACCUAAUAAGUAAUAGGUAUGUAUAUAUUAAUAUAUAUUCUAGUUACAAGAGUCGAUGCCUUAUUUAUAAUGCUUAUUUACAAGAAAACUACUUUUUGUAAUAAAAAAAAAAAAAAGUAAAAGUAUUACUAUUACAUUAAUACUUAGAUUAUAGAACAUAUCUUUUAUUUUUACAACAUUUUUCUACUAUUGUUUUGUUUUGUUUUUUAAAUUUUAAUUGACGUUGAGACCUUGUUUGUUCGGCUCUUGCGCAACAGAUUUGAACAAAAAAGGUCUCAACAUGUGUGUCGAAUGACCCAUGUCCUAUAUACUGGACGUCGUAUGUCUUACUAUCCACUGUGCUCUUGUAUAUCCCCAAGCUUAAUAUUUGAAAAUAAUUAUUCCUUCAUUUAAGCAAAAAAAUAGCUUUGAUUAAUAUUAUGUUGCUUUAUAUAAGUAUAAGGUUUAUGAUAUCAUAUUAUGUUGUAAAUUAUCAUUUUUUUUUUAUUUCUAUCAUAUUUCAGUUUAUAGACUUUAAUCAUAGGUCCUUUAAGAUUUUAUUUUUGUUAUUUUUUGUUUAAUUAAACAAAUAAGACUGCUUUUAAACACUUGGUAUUUUUA